CUUCUCUGGUCCCGAGGCUGAUGGCCGCGGUCGCCAUCCCUGGCGGGGCGGCCGCGUUGCCGGCCUGGGCAGUGCUGGCUCUGGAGGCCGCGGCGUUCUUCGCGCCGGGCUGGGGCCGGGGGCAGCCGAGCUGCCCAGACCUCUCGUGCCCCGCCUGCCCGGCGUGCCCGGAGGCGGCGGCGUGCGCGGCCUGCCCGGAGCUGGCGGUCUGCGCCGCCUGUCCAGCCUGCGAGCCGCCGCCGUGCGCGGCGUGCCCGGCGUACGAGCCGCCGCCGUGCGCGGCCUCUUCUCUGGUCCCGAGGCUGAUGGCCGCGGUCGCCAUCCCUGGCGGGGCGGCCGCGUUGCCGGCCUGGGCAGUGCUGGCUCUGGAGGCCGCGGCGUUCUUCGCGCCGGGCUGGGGCCGGGGGCAGCCGAGCUGCCCAGACCUCUCGUGCCCCGCCUGCCCGGCGUGCCCGGAGGCGGCGGCGUGCGCGGCCUGCCCGGAGCUGGCGGUCUGCGCCGCCUGUCCAGCCUGCGAGCCGCCGCCGUGCGCGGCGUGCCCGGCGUACGAGCCGCCGCCGUGCGCGGCCUGCCCGGCCUGCGAGGCUCGGGCGUGCCCUGAGCCGACGGCCGGGGAGAAGGCUGUGGAGAGGCUAGUGGGGGCGCUGCUGGGCGGGCUGGUGCACUGGCUGGUGGCAAAGAUCGUCGGCGAGCGUGUGGUCUGCCGCUUCGCCGACGAGGACGUGGACCACGAGCUGGUGCUGACGCACUACCUGGGGAGCGGAGAGUGGUUUGUCCUGACCGCGGACGUGGACAUCUACGCUGAGGACCUGAGCUGCAGCGACCCAGAGAGCAGGCCCUCGCGGGCCCUCCCCUUGGCGCUGCGUACUCGCAGGAUGAGGAGGCUGUACCGCUUGCGGGAGCGACUGGGGCCCGACGAGCUGGGCGACGCGCGGCAGCGCGGUCGUGAGACGGCGCUCGAGCGGGACGCCACCCUGCCCGAGCCGAGGGAGGCCUCGGCCGCUGACGGCCGACAGGUCAUCUGGCAGGAGGCCGCCGGCAGGCUGUCGGCCGGGGAGCGUGCCCGCUCGCUGCGCCUUGGCUCGGCCAUGGGCCAGAUGGGCGGCUGGAGGCCCCAAGGGCAGGUGGUCGUGGCGAACACAGACGGCGUGAGCUUCGAGGACGGGGUCGUGCCGUUCGGCGUUCUGAAUGACGCUCGUACUUUCGGGGUCGACUACGACGAGCAGGGAGAGUGGUUCAGGCGGUGGACAGUCGUCGUGGGCGAGUCGUGUCAGGUGUGCUACCCCGACGUGAAGGUGGACGGGCCGCCCGGGGCUCUCCACAUGAGCAAGCACGUGGAGAGGCGUGGGGGCGACCCUCGGCUCUGGCUCGACGUCGUCAACCGCAUGAAGAGGCUCGGCCAGGGAGAUUGCGGGACCAUCGUGGAGGCCCUGUGUCAAUGCGGGGUCUACGACCAGCUGAACAUGGGCGGCCUGAUGAUGGUGGAGGUGAUGACACGCCGCGUGGUGGCGGUGGUGGACGCCUACGCGGGCCCGUCCAAGCCGAGCGGGACGAUUGCGCGUUUCGUCGAGGGCGUGAGCUCGGAGGAGGACGUCUCGGGGCCCAAGCUCAGGGGCUACGUCCACCGGCGGGCGAAGGAGCAGCACGAGACGGAGCAGGCGCAGAACUGGGCGCGUUUCCUGCCGCUCCCGCUGUUGGGUGACACAGGCCGCCGAAUUCGCGGCAGGUCUUGCCGGGCCAGGCAUGUCGGGCGGGAGGCUCGGAUCGUGAGCGAGGUUAACGGGAUCGUUGGCGCCAUAUACUGGAUGUCGGGUUACGAUUCGCAGCCAGGCCCUGCUAACGGCAUGCAGCGAGAUGUACUUGCGCGCUUCGAGGGCCUCGUUCGGGGCCGGCAGCCGGACGCCAAGUUGCACGAGCCGCAGGCGGCCCUCCGGGAGCUGCUGCGGGGCCGCUCGCCCCAUGACGGGCGCAACGGCCCGACGACGGUCGCCUCCUACAGUGCAGGGCUUGUCAGCAUGCCGACGGACGUGAGGGGCUGCCCACGUCUCGAGGACCUGUUGCCUGGCGAGGCCCUUGCCUUCCUGCAGGAGCGCCAAGAGCGCAUGCUACGACCGGCACCUUUGCCGACCGACAUCGAGCCGUAUUUCGACUCGGUCCUCGAGUUCAACCACAAAGAGUACCGCGGCCUGGUGCGCCGGCUGCUGUCAGCUGGCAUGCUGGGGAUCGAAGUGCACCUGCCUGAGGAGGGGCUCUCGAGCUACGAAGACCUUCGCGCCGCGCUGGAGGCGCAGCAGGUGUGCAUCGGCAUGGCGGACGUGAAGGAUUGUUUCCACCGAGUGCGGAUCGACGCAGCUCUCUCGCGGUACUUCUGCCUGCCUCCUGUCAAGGGGGGGGCCUUCGGCGUGUCCGAGGUCGAGGGGGCCGAGGUGCAUGCGUCGACGGCGAUCUACCCGUGCUGGCAGGUGCUGCCCAUGGGCUUCAGCUGGUCGCUCUACUUUGCCCAGCGGGCCAACGAGGAGGUCAGCCGCCGCGGCAGCCCGCUCCUGAGGGAGCCUGGUCUCUCGGACCAUGGGCCGCCGCUCGUGUUCGCGCCUGACAGGGCGCCCCAGGAGAUCAGGCGCUACGUCUACGUCGACAACCUGGGGGUGUUCUCGCUCUUCUCCCAGCUCGUGAGCGGCGUGAUGGGCCAGCUGACCGGCGAGUUCACCGAGUUGAACCUGCUGCUGCGCAAGGGCGAGCUGGUGUCGGGAUUGGCGCUGGCGCUCGGUGCCGAGAUCGACGGCGGGCGGCUGCGCGCCCGGGUGACCGGUGAUCGGUUCUGGCGCUGCCGCCAAGCCGUGCGGGGCCUUCUUGCCCGCCGCCGAGUCAAGGGCUGGGCAGUAGAAGCCGUGCUGGGCCAUCUGACCUUCUGCGGCCUCUGCUCGCGCGGCACCCUGUCGGCUUUCAAUUCAGUGUACGGCUUCGUGCGGGCGCGCUACGACGACGCGGCCGUGCUAUGGGCCGAGGCGCGGCGAGAGCUGGCCGCCUUCAGUUCCCUGAUGUACCUUUUGGAGUCAGACUGGUGGCUGCCUUGGAACCCGAUGGUGCAGCAGUCGGAUGCCAGCCUCCACGGCUACGGACUGGCGAGGGCCUUCUGGCCGCGGCAGCUGGUGGGGUCGGCCGGGCGCGUGCCUGAGCGGGCCCGCCUUCGCCGGCGCUGCGCGCGCAGCGCUCGGGGGGCCGCGCUCUGUGCCGCCGGCUUCGGUAUGAGCGAGAGUGGAAAGUGGGAACUCAAGGGCCUGCCCGAGGCGCCGGCGGGCAGCCAGGAGGCGUGGCGCGGCCAGCAGCUAGUCCCUGCUCCGCCGAUAGAGCCACCGCCGUUGCUGGUGGCUUGGCGGGGGCGCCAGCUGGGCGAGUCGAGGCACUUGAGGGCGGCCGUGUUGGGCCGUCCCCUGCCACGGAGCCUGGAGCAGAGGAUGGAGGACCUGGCGAAGCUGCCUGUGCCGGCGGAGCCCGCGCGGGGAGUGCCAGAGAGCGUCGGCUCCUCCGACAGCGGGAGCUCCGAGCCCGAGGUCGUGACCGGCGCCGCGCGGCGGCGCAGGCUCGCGCAGUCACAGCAGCGCCGAGCCCGCCGCUGCGGUAUGCCAGCCAGCGAGGAGGGCCUCUCCCUCCUGGAGCGGGAGGCGGUGCAGGCCCCGACGCAGCGCGAGUACCAGCAGGCCUGGGACGGCUGGCGGGACUUUGCCCGUCUAAGCUGGCCCUUGGUGGUCGUCGAGGAGGUCAUGAAGGGCUGGGGCGACCCCGUGGUAGACCCGGCGCUGGUGACCUACCUGAGCGGCUUGUGCCAGGCCGGGACCCACCUCUCCUGGGCCGAGAAGUUGAUGGCGGGCGAGCUGCACUUCAAUCCGGUCUUCUCAGGCUAUGGCGCCUGGCGCCUCCCCCGGGCCUGGAGAUGCCUCCGGGCCUGGCGGCGCCUGGGGCCGCCGCGGACGAGGCAGCCGUGGGUGCUGGCGCUGUGGGGCGCGAUGGCGCGGCGCAUGAAGGCUUGGGGCAGCCUCCAGAUGGCGGUGUUCACCUCGGUAGCGGGGAGCGUGUGCGGCCGCCCCAGCAGCCUCCUGCGCCUGAAGCCGACCUACCUGGUGCCGCCGGCUGUGGGCGUGUGCGAAUCCUGGACCUUGAGACUCUUCCUGGAAGAGGAGGACCGGCGGGGCAAGACGGGCCUGGGCGACGAGUCGCUGGAGUUAGACUUGCCCUGGAUUCGCUUCUUGGACCCCGUGCUGCACCAGCUGGAAAAGGAGGGGCACCCCGAAUGCCUGUGGAACUUCAUGUGCCCCGAGUGCUGGCAGAGGUUCAGCCUGUGCCUGCAGGGGCUGCAGGUGAAGGCCAAGGUGGUGCCGCAUCAGAGGCGCCACGCGGGGGCCUCACUAGACAUGGCGAGGAGGUGGCGGCGGUUGGCCGACGGGCAGACGCGCGGCCAGUGGAAGACCACCCGCAGCGUCGCCCUCUUCGAGAACCAUGCCCGGCUGGCGACCACACGGGCGACGCUGAGCAGCGCCCCGCAAAGCGUGUUCUUGGUCUACGAGGCUCAGCUCGCGGACAUCAUUUUGGCUCGGCCCCGCCUGGCCGGCCGCUACCUGGCGGACUGCUUCAGCGGCAAGGGGGGCGUCGGGCGCGCCGCGAUGGCGAUGGGGGUGCCGGUCAGGUUCUGGCGCGCGCUGCACGGGCCAAGCGGCGACCUCACCGCGCGGUCAGUCUUGAGAAGCUUGUGCUCGGACAUCGCUGCGAGCCGCGUCCUGGCCGUAAUGCUUGCCCCGCCGUGCGGGCCCUGGACCACCGCAGCCGACCGAGUGGGUGCCAUCCGUUCCGCCUCGCAGCCUUGGGGGCUCCCACGGCAUCUUCUGAGUGAAAAGCAGCUGGCCCGCCUGGCGUCUGGGAACAAGACCAUGCGG